ACUUCGCCUUACCACUGGCAUUGGUACUGGACUUUGGCUUUCGACGAGGACGGGGGACCUUACAACCGGCUUGGUCGUCAUUCAGUGUUGACACCAUACUCUCGCAAUGGCUCCGCCAAACCUGACGCUCAAACAGAGGUUGACCGCGCUUUCUUUAUCUCCGUCUUCUCCCAGUUCUCCCAACGAAAGCCUCAUGUCUCCCAAGUCGCCGAGGCGCCGCACGCUUUUGAAUAUGAAUGCGCCGUCAUGGACGAAACGAUUCAACAAUAGUUCUAUCAGGCCCGAGCAGACCAAUCAUGAUAGAAUGCAGGAAGUCAUGAACAGGAUGAUAUUCCAAGCUGGAGUGGACUUCGAGACACGACCUAGGGUAGUCUUGAAUGCGUCUGCUUUGCCUGAUCCACAGGAGGUUUCCUACGACUUACUUCUUACACAAGUCUUGGAGUACCUCAAUCUAUACGUUGAAUCCGAUUACACAGUCGUCUUCUUUGCCGCGGGCGGCAGACAUACGCCAGGGUGGAACUGGGUAUGGAAGGCGUAUAGAAGUUUGAGUAGGAAAUAUAGGAAGAACCUCAAGCGUUUGUAUAUCGUCCAUUCGACUUUCUUCUCCAAGAUGCUGUUCUCCUUGGCUGGUGCCGUAGUCAGCCCUAAGUUCUUCCGCAAGAUCGCGUACAUGAAUACUCUUUCCGACCUCGCAUAUCAUGUUCCAAUAACGCAGAUUGAUAUCCCUCCAGCAGUCUAUCAGGAGAAUUUGAAGCAUGAGAAGGAAGUCAGGCUGCCAGUACCGACACGCGCAGAUCUCUUUGGAGUACCCUUGGAGGAGUUGAUGGGCUUCGACGGUGAGAAGGGUGGUAUUCCGAGGGUCGUCAAGGAUUGUAUACAGUAUCUGCGAGACAACGGGCUGGAUGAAGAUGGGCUGUUCCGUCGGUCGCCCAACUCUGUACUUCUAAGGCAAGUAAAGGAAGCCUAUGAUCGAGGCCAUGUGGUAUCGUUGGAAACGUUCGGAGACCCUCAUUUAGCAGCAGUCUUGCUCAAGAAAUACCUUCGCGAUCUGCCAGAUGCUGUCUUCCCGGAAAGCGUCUAUCCCCUUGUUCGUCGAUGUCCCCUCCCAACUUCGGAUCCUGCGGACGUGUCGGAUGUGAUAUACAUUCGGGAAAUGCUGCUGCCAGAAUUACCGCAUUGCGUAUAUAUUUUGUUGAGCCAUAUAUUUCAUCUGCUUCACGAGGUGUCUCUCCGUGCCGCUUCCAACCGCAUGGAUGCGCACAACCUCGCUGUUGUUAUAACUCCGAACCUAGUGAAAGGCUCAAAUCCUGCUCGUGAUGUCAUGAUGUGCGCCGUUCCCGGUACUCCGGCUAUGUAUGCACCGACGCCAGCACCGACCUCCAACCCUGCUGCUCUUUCGGAGGGAAAGGCUACGCUGGGCAUGGUGGUCAAGGUCUGCGUACAGCGCUACUACGAAGUCUUCGAUGAGGUAGUGGAUAGAAGCGAGGCAAUACCCCCACAGCAGCCGCAUGGCGAUUCUACUACCUCAUCAUCUGCAUCUGGCUCCCCGGCGCUACGCGCUACACGUCCCUUGUCCCAAGAUCUUGAGGAGGACAUCGACGACGAAAUGCUGGUGAUGCCUAUCGGGCCCAGCUCAAGCGCGAGCCAGGCCGGCUUAUCUUCAUCUCCGCCGACUGCGUGGAAUACUGGCGCGUACAAACCUCGGCAUCGGAGUACGCUAUCGAAGGGCAGCAAUGGAGCGCGCUCAAUGCAUACCGUCAUGGGCGCCAACGGAACCGGUAGCGGAACUUCGAGCGCCUACGGAACUAUGAAGGCCAAGUCGAUGAUUAGCAUCGAGAAGGGCGGAACGGUCGGAACGGUGGGUAGGAAGGGAUCGAUAUCGAUCGGUCGCGGCACUAUGCGCAAGUCUGCUGGGGCGGGCGUGGAGGCUUUGAGCGUAACGGCCGCGGGUUUCUUCACUGCGCCUGACACUGCGCCGCCUGUUCCUUCGGUGCCAAAGCCGGCUAAUGGAACUGGGGGAGAUGCCUGAUAGGACGCGUUGUUGUGUUUGCUAUGGAGUAUUACGGAUUUUUCUUUUCUUACACUCUCUGUAUGCGUGCUUCGUGUCGCCAUCCACGCUGAUAUCCCGGGUUCCAUCAUACCAGUCUAGUCUACA